AAGUCAUGUCAGCAGCCAAUCAGCGCGCGCUAAAUUUCUGAGCUUUAAAUAGUUUCAAGAUGGGGGACGAGGUGUGUCACACGGGAGGAUGCCACUGUAGAGCUGUACGUUAUAAAGUUUGGGCGCCUGCUGUAAUUGAGGCUGUGAACUGUAACUGUAGCAUCUGUGUCAAAAAACAAAACAUCCACUUCAUUGUUCCAGAGUCUAAGUUCCAGCUUUUACAGGGUGCUGACAGCCUAACAACAUACACCUUCAACACAGGGGUGGCAAAACACCUGUUCUGCAAGAUUUGUGGGGUGCAAAGCUUCUACAGUCCCAGAUCCAACCCUGAUGGAUAUGGAGUGAUGCCCCAUUGUCUGGACUCUGGCACAGUGAAGGAAGUUCGAGUUUCCAAGUUUGAUGGCAACAACUGGGAAUCAGCCAUCAUUGAUUCUGAUAUUCCAGCUCGUUCAAAACUCAAGUGAUAAUCACUGUUAAAAUAUUUGUUUGAAUAAAUACAGGUGUGAUUGAAAGAUU